GUAAAUUGCCAGCGUCAGUGACAAACUGAGGCGCUUGCGCAUGUCGUAUAUAUUUUUUAAGUUAAUGCUCGUAACCGUAACUUCGUAAGAAUACGUUUUACAGUGUUUGAGCUAUACAUGCGUUAUAUAGUUUGGUGGUAGGCUUCAUGGUUUCGGGUACCGCUUUUUCUGUGGUAGCAGGGCUCUUUGGAGCCUUGGCUUCUUCGUCUGCUAAACUGGCCGUAGGUGCAGAUUAUGUCACACAUGGCUGCAAAGUAUUCGUGGAACUUUGGUUAGCGAAUCCACAUUUAAUCGCCCAGGCUGCAGUUUGCAGUUGGCUGCCCGUGCUUCUCAGGCUUGGAUGUGGUGGUAUGGUGAUUACUUUUAAUGCUGUAAUGUGGACAUUCUUUGCCAAAGCUUUAAGGUACUCAGCAUCGUCUGCAAGAGCGACUGUAACAUCAGCUGCCUCCAAUUAUAUUUCUUCGGCUAUUCUUGGCAAAGCACUGUUUGGAGAAAGCCAUGCCCUUUUGUGGUGGGUGGGGAUCAGUCUUAUUCUCUGCGGAUUGCUGCUACUACACACUGCAACAUCCCGUGCUGACCUUGGAGAUACUGAAAGAAAAGAAAAAUAACCACUGCAUAAAAGCUUUCUGAUUGUAACAUCCAUACAAACUCAGCUGUGUCAACCAAAGUGGGUUUUUUUCUUAGCUGGUUUUCAGAGUGAGAACAGAAUUAUUCAUGUGCCAUUGCUUGGCCAUUAAUAUGUACUCUGUGGCCAAGGGUAACUGCUUCAGGUAAAAUAAUGAAUUAUUGUCAGGAAUUCCAGGAUUGCUGUGUUAAUACUGGAUGAGAUGAAAGUAUUUUGUGCAGUGGAAAAGUAGAGGACACAAGAACUGCAUUGCUCAGUGACUAUACAAAUAUUUAAUUCUUCCAUUGUGGGUACAGCUUUGUUACAGAUUUGAGACAAUGUUGGCAGUGAAUCAAGCAGGAUUACCUUUGAAAUUAUUCUAGCAUGGAAGGGUGCAAGCAAAUGCCUGAUGCCAUGCUUUGCUUCACCUUUUAAGUUGACAUCAAGUCACAUUUCUGUUGCUAAACAGUGGGAGACAGAGGGAAAAUGCACAUAUUUUGAUGAGGAGAGGGGAAACAUGGUUCAGUCAACAGGUUACUAACUAGCUGUUUUAGAUAGAAUAAUAUUAUACAGGUCAUUUGCUGAUGGUCUAAGCUUCAAUCUUUAUAAAACGGUGUUGUUACAUGUGCACACUAUUUUGUUUACUGUGUUAUGAUUUGUUGCACUCGCUGUGACUAAUUUUUGGAGUGGAGCAUGCAUACAACAAAAUGUACACAACAGCUGGAUGACUUUAACAGGCAGCAGCAGCUGUUAUAUGGCUCCUCAAUUAUGUUUAUUGAUCCAGGCGUCCACUUGAGAUAUCAAUUAUGUUUUGUGCAAUAUUACCUGUUUUUAUGUCUCCUGCUGCAUCAAUGAACUUUGAAAUAUUCCUGAGUUUUUGUGUAGACUGCACAUCAGAGAUGCACCUGUCAGAGCUUUGCUUUAUGUAGCUUUCUUUACAGAUGUGGUGACUGCCAGAUAAAAGAUUGCACUCUGGUAAGGCGAAAAGGGCAUGUAGCAUGAUGGAUUUUUCAGUUAUAUGACAAGAUGUGAUUAAGAAAUCAUUUUUAUGUAUAUUGUAUUUUGUAAGUGUAAAAAACAGCAGCUGAUGGAAAUAUAUAUAUUGUUACUUCAUAAUAUCUCUUGUUACAUAACCCGCUAGUAGGAUUUUCAACAAUGCAGGAGUCUACCAUUGGUUCCUAAGCUUACAGCUGUUUUUCUUCCAAGACCACCAACCUACUGAUAUAUGGAACAUGGUCACAUGCAGAAUUUAAUUGUUGGCUGUAAUUAAUAUUUAGCAGAGAUUCAUAUCCCCAACUUUGUUAUACAGUAUAAGGCUUGAUGCCUCCACAUAUACCGUUUAGGCCUUUCUUAGAGUAAAACAAUGCUAGCACAGUGAUGUAUGUUGUUGCCAAUUUGCUGUUGAUACAUUGGGUUCAGGUGCCUAGGCAGCGAGACCUUUCCCUUGUGGUACAUUUGACUGGGGACA